CGGCACUAAUAGAUAGACGAGUAUAACCACGAUCUGACCACGGCUUCAGGCCUCUCUCCGAGCAAAGUGGUGCCUACCCAUGGCUGCAACCAGGUGGACAGACGCCACGGCGGGUGGCUGUAAGAAAGAACAAUGUGGCAAUGGUUGAAGCAAUUGAUAAGGGCAGGAGUUGAUGUUAACAAAAUGGAGCAGGAAGGACUUUCUGCUUUGAUGAUGUGUUGUGAUGAUGGAAAUUCAGAGAUAGCAAAACUGCUACUUGAUUAUCAGGCUAAUCCUGACCUCCAGCAAUCAGAAACUGGAUACACAGCUCUGAUGUUUGCCUGCAAGGGAGGUCAUCUCGACACAGUAAUGGUUCUCAUGGAACACGGAGCUGAUGCAAAGAUUAGGAAUGUGGAAGGCAUCACAGCAUCCGAUGUGGCAUCAGCCAAUGAAUUUUGGGAUUUGUGUGCCGUAAUUGAACUAAUGGAGCCACAAGCUACAGCUGAUAUCACAGAGCACCCUGACACUUCUCUGAUGAAAGAAACAGUGGAUGAAGUGGUCAAAAGGUUCCAUGCUCAGAUGGAUCAUGUCCCGUCGUUAUCACUGUAUGACAGGGACAAAGAUGUAGCCCUCAAAGUCCCAACAGCAUAUUAUUUUAAACAUCAUCACACAUGAUUUGUGUAUACUGUGAAUCGAUACAUAUCUUCUUCCAACGCAUGACACCUGCUGAAUCCUACACUCUUAUCCUACAUUUUAACGUCUUAUGCAUAAGGCGCAGUCAGUUGAACCUACAACUACAAGCUGGAGCUGUGCGCGAGAUAGUCCAAGUCCAGC